CCUCGUCGCACCUGUCAGUUUGUGGUGUCUGAUACAGCCGGAUUUCACGGACGUUGCAAACAAGCACAACAGCCAGUCGGCAGCAUGAGUGCGCGACGGGUGGUGGUUACUGGGUUAGGCGCCGUGUCGCCGCUGUCAGCGACAGCGCGGACGACGUGGCAGCGAGUGGUGCGUGGAGACUGCGCCAUUGGCAUGCUUCCAGAGCUGCACCGUUACGAGGAGGUCGGGAUUCCGACCAAGCUCGCCGCAACGGUGCCACGCGUACAGGACGCAGACUCUUCCAACGGCAGUGCCGAUGAUGAUGCGCUGGUGCGCUUUGAUGCACCUGCUGUACAGGCAAGGCACGGACGGCGUACGUUGCCGGACAGCAUCUUGUAUGCCCUGUCAGCUGCAGAUGAGGCCAUCGCCGACGCUGGGCUGGCAGAUGCGCUGCAACAGAACAGCAGCAGCAGCAGCAAUGAUAACAGGCAAGUGAACGGCGCAAGGGCUGGCGUUGCUGUGGGCACGGGCAUCAGUGGGCUGCAGGAUCUCAUCGCAGCGCACGAGACGCUGCACACGCGAGGGUAUCGCCGAGUGAGCCCUUACUUGAUUCCCAACAGCCUGGUAAACAUGGCCGCUGGCCUCAUCAGCAUCGACUACGGUCUUCGCGGCCCAAACCACGCCGUGUCAACCGCCUGUGCCACUGGCGCUCACGCCAUCGGUGACGCGUACCGCUUCAUCAAGUACGGUGAUGCAGAUGUGAUGGUCUGUGGAGGAGCCGAUGCUUGCAUCAUGCCAGUUGUCGUCGCAGGCUUUGCAAGGGCCAAAGCGCUUGCGACGGGGUUUGACGAUGCGCCCGAGGAGAGUUCGCGGCCGUUUGAUCGGCGGAGAAGCGGAUUCGUUAUUGGCGAGGGGGCAGCCCUCUUCGUCUUGGAGGAACUGGAGCAUGCACGUGCACGUGGUGCCCAUAUCUACGCCGAAGUGCGCGGUUACGGCCUUUCAGGGGAUGCGCACCACGUGACGGCACCGCACGAGAGCGGGGACGGGGCAUAUCGCGCCAUGCGUGCAGCACUCGACUCUGCCGGGGUCGACGCGCGUGUGCUUGAUCACAUCAAUGCGCACGCCACCUCCACUCCGCUUGGCGAUGGGAUUGAAUGUAGGGCCAUCAAAGCGCUCCUGGCAGGCACAGCCGCACAGCCAACCAUCACCGCCACAAAGGGGGCAACAGGGCACCUGCUUGGUGCGGCGGGCUCGCUCGAAGCCAUGUUUGCUGUGAUGAGCAUUCACGCGGGCGUUGUGCCGCCAACUUUAAAUCUGCACGAACCGCUGGAAGAAGCAGAAGGCCUUCAUCUUGUCGCAAAUACGGCCCAGCAGCAAUCGAUCAACUUUGCACUGAGCAACUCGUUUGGAUUUGGCGGCACGAACGUCUCUCUUCUCUUCAGCAAACCAGACGCGUAGUGUGCGUAUGUUUCCGUGUGUGUCGAAGAAGGGGGGGGGGUACUGUAACGUAAGUGAAUCGUUCGUUGGUGUUCUUGUGAGCGUGGCGCGUGCUGAUCUGUACACAUGUAUUGUUGUCAUCAGCACCAUCUUAACACAAGCAAGCAAGCAGCAUCAGUCUUUGAAACAUGAAACGAACACAUCAGCA